AUGAUUACCGAUUCGGAAGCCCCAACGUACAAUUUUAACAGCGAUGAUGAAGCGCCUUGCGAGUACCUGAACGAUGUCUAUGCGAUAAGCGAAGACACUUUUUCGUUUAAAAUUAUCAAGCAGUUGGGGGAGGGCUACUACAGUCCCGGAAAUGGACACAAAGUAAAAAUAAUAUACUACAAACUAGGUUCCGAGGACAAAAUCGCUAGUGCUAACGUGUAUUUAGGAAAGAAUGACAAACUACCCUAUAUUUGCGAAAUUGCUGCAAAAUGUAUGAAGCCAAAUGAGGUCAGUAUCAUUCAGGCCCCAAAGCUAUUUACAAAAACAUUUAGCAACUCUGAACGGAAGAACAAGUAUGAUAGGAAGGAAAACUUCAGGACGGAGUUUAAAAAGGCCCUAAGAUUUAAGCAGAAGUGCGUCGAAAAGUACAUAAGCUAUUCCAUCGUGGAAAACUUGAAAAGAAUAAAAUUAAGUUCAAACGAUGUAAAAUUGCUGGUUCGGAAAAGCAAAUUAAAGAAGGGUAACCGGGAUGUAAAUAAGGAUGUGGCGGAAAAAAACGCGCCGAAUGUAGAACUGAAAGAAGAAGACCCACACAAGUGCUCACAAACGUUGACCUUAGAAGAUAUUAACAAUGUAAGGUAUAAAUUUUUAAAGGAGGAAGAACUGAGCACAUACAUUGUGUACUUGAAAGAAUAUAACCGAGUCGAUAUUCUAAACGAUGACAAAACAAUUAUAAAGGAAGUCAUGCGAGAAGGAAAAGGAAUUUUUACCCCGAAAAAAAAUGAUUACAUUGAUUUUUUCAUACAAGAUGGAAAGAAGGGAGAGUUUAUUCACACCACCUUGGAGGAACAUAAUUUAAAAUAUAGGGGGCUCUUCAAAAUUUUGCAAAAUAUGAAAAAAAAAGAAAUGUCCAAAAUUGUUCUUAAAGGUUUGGAAUGUCUCCACGUCAACCACGCCGCGAAAAACACACACUUAGAAAAAGAUCUGCCAAAUGGUCAGGAAAAAAAACCAAACGACACGCAGGUCAUCGUGAAAGAGACAAAGUUGUCCAACAUUGAAACAAAUCAAGUGAAACAAAAUCAGGGUGAGAUAGAAAAGGGAAAGGAUGUCGAUUUGAAUUUUAGAGACGAAUUAUCCAAGCUGAAGAAAGAAAUAAUUAUAGAACUAGUGGACUUUAGAAAGUCCAAACUGGUUAAUUUUUCUUCAAUCAUCAACCUGAACAACACGGAAAAGCUACUCUUUUACAUAUCCGAAGAGGGAAAAAAUAAACCCCCAAACAAACCAAUCAUUGACACCGAUUGUGAGUUGAUAAUCCAUUUAAGUAUCCAUAAUGAUAAGGACAGGACGAAAGGGAAAAGAAUGUGUUUGCCGGUUCAUUUCUGGAAGAACAAUGGCAGUAUUAAAAGAAGAAAAGCGUUUUUUCUUUUUUCGUAUGGGUCAUGUUUUACGGCUCCUCUUUGGUUUUAUGAAUGUUUCAAGGGGCUAAAGGAGGGGGAUGAAGUAAUCAUUCCCUUAUCAAAAAACAGGAACAUUUUUUCGGAGAACCAGUUCGCUUACCAUUUAAUUUUUGAGGAAACUGCCCAAGGGGAAGAAGCGCAACACAACCGACACGGCAAUGGUGAAAAUGAAGAUCAUAUUGAAAGGAACAAUGAAGUAAAGGACGACCGGAAGAAGUCCACCCCAAAUGACAGUCACCAAAUAAUAAGAAGGAACCAUUCGGGGAGGAAAUCGUCCAAAAUAAACGACCGAAAUUUUGUGAAACGCCUGAUUUCCAAUCGAAAUAAGGGCAAAGGCUUCUUCCUGAUUGACGGCUUGAAGGAAAACCAAGUGGAUCGUUUUUGCGAAGGUUUUUUUUCAUCGCAAACGUGCCUCAUCGAUGGAACUAAAGAUGAGGCCGAAUCGACAAGAUUGCCCUUCCUUUGUAGCUCCUUCCUAAGAGUCAGACGCAAAAAAUUUUACAAAAGUGUAGCUAACAUUCAAAAAAAGGAAAAACUUAACAGGAUGAAGCAUCAGCUGAGUAGACAACUUUACGAAGAUAACUUUUCAAACGAGUGCAUCUCAAAAAAGAUUGAACAGAAAGGACAAAAAACGGAUAAUUUUUCAUUCUUUAAGAGAGCCCUAAAAAAUGUGUACUUUGAGAAAUCCUUUUACGAAAAAAAUGCCAUUUUAAAAAUUAAAAUUGUUAAACUUAUUUGUAAGAGGAAAGACCCGUGGAAUAUGAACACGUCAGAACAAAUUGAGUACCUAAAAAUUUACAACAAAAUGGGCAAUACGUUUAUGAAAAAAAAUUUGCCGUAUGCAGCGUCACUACAAUACAUAAAAGGCUUCGAUAUAUUUCGCUUUUCCAAAAUGUACAGUUCAAUUUUUGAGGAAAAGAAAAUAAAUGUGUCAAAUUUAGCCAGUGAUGACAUGACCAAGGAACUCGUACUACACAUGGAAAAGAUACUAACCAAUUUGGCUAUUUCUCACUACAAAUUAGGAAACUACAAUGAAUGUGUUAAGUAUGCAGAAAGCGCUGCUAUUAUAAAUCCAGAAAAUAUUAAAUGCAUUUAUUGGAAACACAUGGCAUAUUUGCAACAAAAUAAAUAUCACCAAAUCAUAAAAAAUUUAAACAAUUCUUUUUGCCUCAACAAUUUAACACUGCUUAAGUUGUAUAACACUGCACGCGUAAUAAAGAAAAAACAAGACGCCCACUUUAAUUCACUUUUCUACGCCAUGUACGAUCAGAAGUGA